AUGGCUGGGAACGUGAGUUUUCUCCUACUACCAGUCAUUUAUGGCAUAGCUGUAGCAGGUGUCUACGCAGCAAAACAACAUAAGGUCAUCUCCACCACGAGUGGGCUUGUCCGAGGAACGACUAUUCAUACGACAGCUGGUCCUGCGCGAGCAUUCUUGGGAAUCCCGUACGCGGAGCCACCUAUACGCGAUCUUCGCUUCCGAAAACCUCUGUCGAAGAAGCGUUGGAAAGGAGUACUCAACGCCAUAUCGACACCGCCGCUCUGUGUUCAACUCCCCGUGCACUUGAGCGCUUACUUUACCAUCAGGUCUAGCGAUGCUACUUCCGAAGACUGUCUCUUCUUGAACGUCAUAGCUCCCAUACAAAAGAAACCGCGCCUCAAGCCUGUGAUUGUGUACAUCCACGGGGGCGCGUUCUCACACGGAGGGAUUUCUCUGAAGAUAUUCGAUGUCUCUGAACUUGCUGUGAGGGGGGACGUGGUUGUAGUAACUGUGGCUUACAGACUCGGCCCUUUUGGUUUUUUGUACAUGGACAUCGAAGAAGCUCCCGGCAAUAUGGGACUGAACGACCAGUUACUCGCACUGCGCUGGGUCAAAGCGAAUGCGCGGGUGUUUUGCGGAAAUCCCGAAGCAAUUACGCUUAUGGGCCAGAGCUCUGGCUCCAUGUCCGUCGGUUUGCACUUGAUGUGGCGGCAAAGCAAGGGUCUCUUUCGGCGCGCCAUUAUGCAGAGCGGAAGUCCUUUGUCUCCCGUGGCAAUAAGUACAAAAGCCGAGGCGGCUCACCGGGCGAUGCUGCUCACGAGUCACCUAGGAUGCGACCGGGACGGUUCCCGAAAGCUCGCUCGGGCUGAGUCCGUCCGCUGCCUUCGGUCGAAAUCACCGGCUGCCAUAUUAAAGGCCACCAGUGAAUUCAACUCUAAAGGGCUCGACGACUUCUUUCCUGUCAUUGAGACCUCACUCGCUGCUCUGGAAGCAUCACUUCGGCGCAAUGAACUGAACGCUCGGGAACUGCUGGUUGGCGUCUCCGAAGGAGAGGGUGACUUAUUAGUUCAGAAUAUUCUCAAUACCAUCCUUGGCGACGAUGACAUAUCAGGUAUCCGAAAGAUAAGUAUGGUGUCACUAGCAAGGUCGCUGUUGGCAUCGAGAUGGAGUGUCGACGUCGAUCCAAUAAUCGAGAAGUACUUCGGUGACAUCGCUGCCUCGGACGGCCAGGGAGCACUAUAUGCGACCUCAGAUAUAAUAACCCAGGUCGAAUUCUCGUGUCCGAUGAUCAACUUUGCAAAGGCGUUUGUGCGUCCGGGCAACAUCGCAUACAUGUACGAACUGUCGCAGCGACCUUCAUUCACUGACUCGCCGAAAUGGGUACGCCCUACGCACAGUGACGACAUCGCCUUCAGCUUGGGCUCCACGUUUACGUUGGGAGUAAAUGCCACUGAGGCCGACGUCCGGGCAACCGAGAACUUCAUACGCAUCGUGUCCACAUUCAGCCAUACAGGCGUUCCUAAAGUGUUAGAUGGGGUGCGCUGGCCGAAGUUUGGCAGUGAUCAAGAAUACCUGCGCCUAAGCGAAUCCGGAAGCGUCGUCAAGAAGCAUCUCCUUAAGUCGGAAUGCGCCUACUGGAAGAAGCAUCUACAGUUUAACUGAAAGCAUUGUCAAAACGCACUAAUACCGUUACCUCGCAUGUCGCACUCUACCUUGGAAUGUAUACGAGCUUCAGCAACGUUGCAAAACUUGAAGUGCACCUGCCUCACUUGCUAUUUGAAGUACUGCUGCGCUUUCUUUCACGCUCCCUCCCCCCGGUGGGGGUGCAAAAUUCAACACCUGUGUAGGGUGUACUUCGACUUCGGUGCACAAUAAUGAACCCCAGGUUGUGGAAAUUGAUUCCAAGUCCGCCACACGGCGUGCCUCCUAAUUAUAUAAUUGUUUUGGCACGUAAAUA